CUCUAAUUAUAAUCUCCUUUGAUGAAGAAUGAAUCACAGCUCUUUUCCCUUUUUCUUAUGAAGUCUUUUUCGCAUGAACAACAAUGGACGCCUUGCACGCGACGCAGCCGGCCUCUACGGAUGACGCUAUGAAGAAUAUCAUCAAUAACGACAAUGUCAGCAGUGCUAUGCCCGUCCACGAUAAAGUUACACGAAACGAGCAAGACGAUGGAAGACCCGACUGUAAUCAGCCAGCUGCAGCAACUGCCUCAGCCGCAACCACACAGAUCCAAGACAUUACCGACAGAGCUCUACGCUUCUUCUCGCAAGCCAGCAAUGAAACUCUCGGAGCCUGCCUUGUAGGCUUGAGUGCCACGACUUACUUCAUCCUAGGAAGAGUUGGACUGUUGUUGAUCGGACUUGUCGGUGGCAUAGCACUGCACGCGACAUGGGACUCUGCACACUCUUCGGCUGAUAGACUCAGCGCAAAGGACGCUGAACAGAAGAAGAGACGAGAAAUUGGCCUUGAGGUUGUCCAACGCGUCUUGCAAUGGAACGAGAAGAAGGCCGACGGCUCAGACACUGAAGGCUCAGAUGAUGAGGUCAAGCCCGUGAUCAACAGAAAGGCAGACUUCUCCUCCUUCCGUCCAGACACGGGUGCUGCUUUGAACCACUUCACCGAUGCCAUAAUCCGCGACUAUGUCAACUGGUGGUACACGCCGAUCCUCCCUGGCGAAGACUCGUUCCCAAUGGCCUGUCGUCAGACUCUGGUCGGCUUCCUCGUCUCCCUCUCCAACCAUCUUUCUCGAAAGCGACCCGUCGAUACCUUCCUCGAUUUUGUUACCAACUCGUCCUCGAUCGUCAUCGUCUUCCUCAACGAACUCGCCGCCGCCUUGAACGCCUCGCCCAAUGCAACCUCGGAAGACGCAAUCCAGACAUACCUCGAGAUGAAGCCUGAGAGCAGUCUGGCCAGCAUCAUGGAUGCGAAGCACCAAGAGAAGAAACUCAAGGUUGUCGCAAAUGACAUUCUCCUCAAAUACCUCGAUAAUAAGACAUACAUGUGUGCUCCUGCUCAAAUCUUCCUCAAGCAAGUUUUGGCCAAGCUGGUCCUGUCCAUGACAGUCGAUAGCUGUUCCAAGCCCGAGUUCAUCAACCAAUGGAUUGUCUAUCUUCUCGAAGAUGGCGAGCCAGAGCUCAUGGAAGUCAUUGACGCCGGUGUUGAAGGUUCUGCUGUCGCCAACAACGCAGGCGUCAAGAAGCAAGUCACCGUCGAUGAACAAGCCGACAAGUCAUCGUCCAGUCCCGAAGCUGUUCGCGAACACAGGCGCAAGGCAAGCCGUAACAAGGCCGAGGAAGCCAUGGACGAGGCUAUGAGAGAAGCCCAAAGGCUCAGUCAGCUGAUCGCCGAAGAAGAAGCAAAGAAAUCUACCAACGAGUCGCCAGUCAUCCCUAGCAGCGGUGACGUCUCGGAGACGACCACACAAGGCAUCAUGACUCCUUCGUCAUCUCAGGGCGAUCAUGAAGAGAAUACAAAAUCCGAAGUCACCAAGUCAUCCCCGACUGCUGUUCCGACCGAUAGACAGUCUGAGGACUCCAGAAAGCCUUUUACGAGCUUCGAUCAAAUCCUCCCUGCCACAAGUCCAACUGCUCUUUCAAGUCAGGAAGACAAGCUUCGUCUCAAGCCUCCGCCUGUCUUGACUCUCCACAAUGCUUCCAUCAAUAUCUUUGACGACGCCUCACCUGGCAAUAAGACAAUUAUGCGAUCAAAGCCGAAUGUCGACUACAUGAUCCAGAUCGAACCUACGUCAUCAUCCUUUCCUGGCUGGAUGAUUGUGCGCAAGUACACUGAUUUUGAAACUCUUCAUGAGGUCCUCCGUCGUAUCUCCGUUAUCACCGGAACUCGCUUCACCGACUCUCAUGCCACCCUUCCUACUUGGAAGAACAACACUAAGAACACUCUCAGGACUGAUCUGGAGCGUUAUCUGAACGAUGCAGUCCGUCUGCAACCACUUGCUGAGAGCGAGGGCAUGAAGCGUUUCUUGGACAAGGAUGGGGGUGCUUCUCGCUCACCUGGAGGAAGCAAGGGCUUUGGCUGGCCUACCCCUGUUGCUUUCGACCAGAUGGGCAAGAGCAUGAUGGACACACUGACCAAAGCUCCCACUCAAGUUGCUGGUGGUGGCAAGGCAAUCUUCGGUGGUGUCACCAGCAUCCUUGGUGGCGGCAAGCGCAACUCUGUCGCUUCGAACCAUAACGCCAGUCGCUCAUCCAUCUCGCUGAAUCCCGCAAGCUUCCUCGAAGACAGCUAUAUGGGUAGCAUGGGCAAUGUUGGAGUCGAAAGACAGAGCACUGACAGUGUCCGAAGUGUACCUGCACCUCUGUCCCGUGCCCCAUCGCUGUCAAAGCGUGUCCCCUCAGCCGCUCAGCCAGGCCACAAGGUCGAGCAGUCGGUUGAUUGGAAGACAAGACCCAGCUUCUCAUCACCUCGUACUUCUUAUCAGGGACCGAGGAGCGGAGAGGUGAGUCGGACUUCUUCUUCUGCUGAUCUCUCAAAACUUGACACUGGACUUAACCUCCCUCCCCCGCCGUCCGAUAUCCCUGACGACUAUGCUUCGCCUACGGCAGUGUCGCAUCAGCCUGCCAGAGUCAGCGACGACAUGACUUACAGCUCACCCGAAACACGCACUCCAGCAUCAAAGUACCCAACCUCAGGCACAAGAUCCCCACGCAUAUCCAGAUCUCCCGAACCGACCACAGCAAACCCGACCCCAGUAACAACCCCAGCCGCCAAAAAGAUAACAAAAGUCACACCACCAAUCUCAGAACAAGAAACACAAGUCGCUGUCGAAUUACUCUUCGCCGUCAUCACUGAACUCUACACGUUGUCCUCUGCAUGGAAUAUCCGCCGCACCCUCCUAAAUGCCGCAAAGUCUUUCCUGCUUCGCCCUGGAAACCCACAACUUGAAGCCAUUCGCCAACUCAUCCAAACCAAUGUCAUCGAGACAGCCACCUCUGACUCCUCUAUCGCAGCUCAAAUCCUCAAGAUGCGGGAAAAUGCCUUACCCACCGAGGAAGAGCUCAAAGCAUGGCCUAAAGAGAUGAGUGUUGAAGAUAAAGAGACGCUUAGAGUCAAGGCUAGGGCGUUGCUUGUGGAGAGAGGUAUGCCUGCUGCAUUGACUUCUGUCAUGGGAGCCGCGGCUAGUGGAGAGGCUCUGGGCAGGGUGUUUGAUUGUUUGCAGGUCGAGGGUGUUGGGAGGGGUGUUGUGUUUGGGGUCAUGUUGCAGGCUUUGAGGGCGAUUGUGCAGUAAGAGUAGAUGUGUAGGAGUAGAGGAAGUAAACGAGGAAAAGAGCAGAGUUUGAAAAAGUAGAGUAGAGUAGAGAUACCCCCA